AGCACGUGUUUCGUCGUCUUCAAAAGCAGAGUUCAUAAAUUUCUGGCGGCGAUAAGAAUAUUGGGCUGAUGACGCGUUGACCUUGAGAACUCUGGCUGAACUAUGGCAACACGACUGAAUAUCAACCGAUUUCACUGGUUUUGCUUCUUCUUAUGGCAAUUCGCAUUGUUCUAUUGCUGUCAACAGAUAUUUCCGAUAUUCUACAACUACACGCCACGGCGCGAAUGCGCUGACUUUGGUCGCAACUCAACUGCGGCUCAAUGUGAUCUAACCCAAGAGCAGCUAUGUAACGAACUAAAAAAUUGCACUAAUAUCACGGUCGAGGACGCACCGUUCCAUUCCAUGGUUGAAGAAUAUGACCUCUAUUGCGACGAAGCUUAUGAUGCAACUUUGGCUGCUACCAUUCAAUUCUUAGGAGUACUUCUUGGCGCGCUGAUUUAUGGUCAUCUUGGUGAUCGUUUUGGACGACGACCGGUCUCAUUCUGUGGAAUUGCUAUUGGAAUUGUUGCUGGAGUGAGCACAGGUUUUUCACCAUCCUGGGAAGUAUUCGCUGGGUUGCGCUUUGUGUGUGGUACUAGCAUUGCAUGCAUUCUUGUGGUUUUCUACACAUACAUAGUAGAGCUUAUUCGGCCGGAACAACGAGUCUUUAUGAGGGCGUUUUUCAACUGGGGCUAUGCUCGAAUGGUGUUUACGGCUAUGUGUUUUCUAUGUGACCACUGGAGAUCAGCAGCAAUUGCAACUUCUCUGCUUACCUGUCCCACAUUGUUGGCCAUAGCUUUCAUGCUGCCCGAAACCCCCAAAUGGUAUAUGAGCAAAGGCCGACAUGCUGAGGCAAAGCAGUCUAUUGUAACGCUGAAAUAUCUGAGUGGAAGAGAGGAUGAGGGCAGUUAUGGUAAAUUUCAAGCAACGUCUUUGGAAAAAACUCAUACAAUGAAGGAUCUGUUCGUAGAAAAGAAGAUGGCUUUGCGCACAGUCAUAUUGUGCACUUUGUGGUUUGCAACAAGUUUAUCUGCGUUCGGAAGCGACUUAAACUCUGGAAAUCUCCUUGGCGAUUUCUACAUGAAUCAGUUCGCUUCGGGUGCAGUUACAGCAUUCGCCAAGAUAUUCAUAUUCCCCCUCGACACUUACUGGAAGUCAUUCGACCGCAGGAAACUUCAUCAAAUACCUCAAGUGCUCAUUAUAAUUUGUUAUUCCGCUAUUAUGUUUCUACAGAUUUUCGUGCCAGAAACAAGCUGUGAUGGCUAUAGCACGAAAGAUUGGGCAAUAAUUAUAAUUAACGUUAUCGGAGUGUCGUUAAUCGAACUGACAUGGGACGCUUGUUAUCUCAUAGCUGUGGAGAGUUUCCCAACACAUAUACGGACAAUCGGCAUGGGCACAUGCUCAUUAGCAGCAAGAGUUGGAGCUCUGGUUGCUCCUCAGAUGGCGUUCUUGUCCAUAUUCUACCAACCUGCUCCAUAUAUUAUAGUUGUCGCCGUAGGCUUGAUCUCACUGCUUAUCUCGCUUCUUUUCCUUCCUGAUACCAAAGGAGUAGAUCUUGCCACCGUCGGUCAAUCAAAACCCAAAAUCGACCAGAUAAAAAUGGAUCUGCGAUAACUUCGUGCAUAGAUUUCAUUUUCUAAUAGAAAUGUACAUUUUUAUGUAGUCUCACAACAUAAUACAUAAUACAUGCUUAAUAUUUCAAGAGUCAAUCGCACAGGCAACAAUA